AUGGACGAGAAUCCGUUCGGCGGCGACGAGGACGAUCUCGCCCCAAAAAUCGUGAACAAGAACACAGAAGAAGAAGGAGUUGAAGAAGGGAAGAGAAUAAUUGGCGAAAAGACGACGACGACGACGAAGACGGAGGAGGUGACUUCUUCCAUAACUGAACAACCGAAUAAAAUUCCAUCGUCGUCGACGAAGAAGACCUCCUUGUGGGGCGACGAGGACGACGAAAACGACGUUCAGAUAGAAAAAGCGACGAUGAGUAAGAGGACAUCUGCAACAGGAGGAGAAGGAGGAGGAGGAGAAGGAGUGAAAAAGAAGAAUUUCUUUGGCGACGAGGACGAUGACUCGGCAACGACCAACGUGAUGUCUUCGUUUCUUUCGUCAAAAAAUGACGGCCCAAUGUCGCAAAUGGCCAGUUAUCACGAACAAACGUCGUAUUCAUUUCACGGAGGUAGCGGAAAUGAUGAAAUGGCGUCGCCGUUGGCGGCGUUUGAGACGGUUAUUCCGGGAAGUAAAACGGCGCUGUUGCGAGAGCAAGAGUUGGCAGCCUCUUCCUCGGCGCAAAAGAAGAAAGAGGAGGAAGAAGAUACGACUACUUAUAUCAACAACAGUAACGAACCGGCACGAGAAAGAUCAGAAUUCAGGCAAGGAAACAUGAACAACGACAGAAAGCAAGUGGAAGACGAAAUUGUAGAAAUCCAAUUAGGGGACGACGAUGAUGCCACUCAUAGUCAACAACAGCACGGAGUCGCGGAGCAGUUUGAUUCACCGUUCAAUAAACCAGUAGCACCUCCAGCGUCAACCACGAGUGAUCCACCACCCCCUUCAUACCAGGACUCGGUAAUGUACGCAAAUCCAGCUAUUCAGCCAGGAAAUUCCAUGAUGAUGAAUUCAUCAGCUCCAGCGGUGAUGAGGGCCGAGCAGACAUUUGAAGCAUCUUCAAUGCAACAACAACAACAACAACAACAACAACAACAACCACAGUAUUAUCAAACAGCGCCGCCACCGCCAACAUUACCUCAGCAGACGUUUAACAGACACGAACUGAGCGGUGCUCUCUCGCCGUCGUUCCAAUUUUAUCCUCCUUACGAUCCAGCCAAAGACGAAACUUUAGUCAAUCUCGGCGACGAAAAGAAAACUGAGCUCGUCGCGUACAUCACCGAGGCAAAAACGGAACCAGAAUUUAAUCAACAAGGUGGCCCUGGGCUUUCGAAGAAAGUAACGCGGUAUAAAAUUAAUUUCAAAACGAAUUCAGAUAAGUUUAUGCAAAAAGAAGCGAUCGUUUGGCGCCGUUUUUCGGAUUUUGUGCAGUUACACGAUAGACUGUUAGAAUCGCAUCGAGGAUAUUUCAUUCCUCCGAGACCGGAGAAAUCGAUAAAAAGACUCGGCGACGAAGCGUUUGUGCAAGCGCGGAAACUCACGUUGCAAAACUAUCUCGAAAAGUUGAUCAAACACCCAUCGCUUCGCACAUCUAUGGCAUUAAAAGUGUUUUUGACGCAGCAAGAUUUACAGCAGUCGCGAGAAUGGCACGCACUGGCAGUUCCCGCCGCGGCAUCUUCAACGAUGAUGUCUUCUCCGGCGGGUUACCAGCACCAAGAACAGCAGCAGCAGCAGCAGCAGCACCACCACCAAGAAACACUUCAACCAUCAACUCCAAGCAUGCAAUUUGCGCCGGAUAGUCACAUGAUGGCUUCUUCUCCGAUCGGAGGGGUGAAUCCUGCUUCUCCAGGAGGCGCCGCCAACGGAGGGAGUGCAAUUUUUACGCAGCAAAAUGUAUCGGCUUCGUCGAUGAUGACGUCUCCAUCCGCGACUUCUCCAGCAACGCCAAACCGAUCCUCGGUUGGUAAAUUCUUUCGAGAGCUCCGUCAAUCAAUGGCAACGUCUUCGGCAGUUGCUGCGGUCGGAGGGGCAUUUGGGAUCGAAGCCGCAAAGCCGAAAAUCGUCGAAGAAGAUGCAAAAUUUUUGGUGGACAAGGAGAAAUCGACUAAGUUGGAGACCGAAUUGUGCGGUCUGAGCUUGAAAACAGAGAAAAUAUUGCAACGAGAAGAAAAAUUCGCCGAUUCGUUGGGUGCCUUUGGAUUAGAGUGCAUGAAGUUCGCCCGUGUUGAAGAAGAGGCUUCGGGAAUCUCCGGUCGAUAUUCCGAGCCUGGCACUCGACUAGCGACUGCCGCCCAGUUUUUCCGCAAAGUCGGCAAUGCCUCUGUUCGUGCCUCUCGUAUUGCACGCGCUGCUACUGUGCAAUUAGCUAAAGCGAUGGAUCCGUUGCAUGCGCAUUUGAACUUGAUGCCGUCGGUACGCAGAGCCACGCAGCUCAGAGCGGACACGUUGUUAUCGCUGCAGACUUUGCUCUCAGAUCAAGAAAGACUAACGAAUAGAAUUAACAAACUCGCUCCUGAUAUCACAAAACAUGUGAAAAUAGAACAGUUGAAGCGAGAACUCGAAGAAACAAACAGAUUAGCGGAAAAUGCGAAAAGAGAAUACGAUUGCAUCCGCGCUAGACAAGCGAAUGAGUUCGCGAGAUCAGAGAAAGAGCGCGUCGAAGAGUUUGAACAAAUGCUUUUGGGAUUAGCGCGAGUGCAAGUCGCCCAAGCAGAAAGAACUUUGAGCGUAUGGCGCAGCUUGGCAGAGGAGCUCGGGGCAUCCCCUCAAGAAUGGUCUCAAACAAUCUCCGUAGAAGAAUCACCUCCUGAAAAGGAGGCCGUUAACAAUAGUGAAUAG